UCGCAUAGUCGGGGGCGCGCCUGGUCUCCGCCCCGAAGCCAAGUCGGAACUUGACCGAGUUGUUUGGGCCGCGAUAACCGCAAGGCGUGAACCGUCCUGAGCAGGGCCCACGGCCGGCCCAAGCGGCCCAGCCACCUGGCGGGGGCGGUGUCUCCCUUUGCCCCUUCCCCCCUAUGAACGUCCACCUCCCCCGCCCUCGUGCCCAGAGGGACCGGGAUUGACAGCGCGGGGUGACGGUUGGGCAGCCCGCCGGGUGUCGGGACCAAGAGAGCCUGUCGGCCACCCGCUCAGCUGUUUCCUGCCCGUGUUUGUUGUGCUGGGGGAGGCCCCGCCGCCGCCGCCGCCGCCGCCGCCGCGCUCUGCCGCCCCCGGCCCUCCCGAUUGGCCGGCGGGCGUCACGUGGCCGCCAUCAGCUGGGCCAGCGGGGGCGCUCGCGGGUCCCACUGCGGCUGCAGGCCGAGCCCACCCGGGGGUCGCCCGGGCCGGCCUAGCUCUGCCAGCUUCGGGCCGCGGGCUGCCCUCCGCUCGCAGUUGGGAGGGUGGGCGUGCCCUUGCAACCCCUUUCCUGUACCCUCCUCUGCAGUCUUAUGCCAGCCUGGACCAUCUUGGAGGCAGUGUAGGAUCAUGGAAGAACUUUGAAUUAGGUUUUUAGAACUUCAGCCAUAAAAAUGGGCAGAAUUUUCCUUGAUCAUAUCGGUGGUACCCGUCUGUUUUCUUGUGCAAACUGUGAUACGAUCCUGACGAACCGCUCAGAACUCAUCUCCACUCGUUUCACAGGCGCCACUGGCAGAGCGUUUCUUUUUAACAAGGUAGUUAACCUGCAGUAUAGUGAAGUUCAAGAUCGGGUCAUGCUCACUGGCCGCCACAUGGUUCGAGAUGUGAGCUGCAAAAACUGCAAUAGCAAACUGGGAUGGAUCUAUGAGUUUGCCACUGAAGACAGCCAGCGAUAUAAGGAAGGCCGCGUGAUCCUGGAACGUGCUCUAGUUCGAGAGAGUGAGGGCUUUGAGGAGCAUGUACCAUCUGAUAACUCUUGAAGAUACAGAGAGAAAUCCAUCUUUUCCCAGGUCUCCUUCACUGAAAACAAAAAUCUACUUACAUACACUGUCACCUUAGCAUCAGAGUCGGAUUAAUGAACUGCAGAACAAGAGGUUGUGAGAAUCUAAGAUGGAACCUUUCUUUCUUUUUUUUUUUUAAUUUUGUAUUUUCCAUCCAACAGCAGUGUGUAGAGAGAAUAUUAUGCAGAUGCCGUUAAUUUUUUACUCUAUGUUUACAUCUUGAGGCAGAAGAGUCUGUCUGCAGCUAUGUGGUGAGCUAUGUAAGGAAAAAAAUCUGGGCUAUUAGAGUGAAAAAGUGUGUUUUAUGUAAAUUGUGAAAGGAAAAUGUUAGGAGUAUGGUUUUUAAACUUGGGCUUCAUUUUAAACUUUUUUUUUUAAACCCAGUUAUUUCACUUGAUUUGCUAGCUUCAGAGAAGAGAUCCGAAUCUGUGCCCAGCGCUAAAGGCUCAGUGUUAGCAUGGCUUGUGCUGGCCGGUGUGCCAUAUUCUUGUUGGAGAUGAACCGUAGCACCAGAGCCCAUUCUUCCUUGUCAGUCUUGACCCAAAGAUGUCACCAUUCCUAGUUAUUUGUCACCACAUAAUAGGUGUUGAUUGGAAACUUUUUCUGAGAUGGGACAGAACUGCUGGGUUGUCUUUUUCCAUGUAACUUAAGCAUAGUAAUAUAAAUAAAGUAAUAGUUGGAUGCUUUUGGUCCUGUGUUGCUUUUAAAAACACCUUAUAAAAGGAGAGUAUUUGAUAAGCAAUUUUCUUAGUAGUAAAGUUUCUUUUCAUCUCUUAAACUAAACUGACCAUGCAUAUAAUAUUCUUUGUUUAAAUGAAAGCAUACUGUUUAAACCCGCAGUAUUGCAUUUAGAAAACAGUUGAACAGAAUGUCAAUGUGCAUUCAUGCAAAAAACAUUUAAUCUGCAUCUGUUUUAGAAAAGGGGUAAAUGAAGCAACUUAUCUAAAAAUACUGCUUUACAAAGCAUUUCAGCUUUUUCCCCUUAGUUUUGCAUUGAUUUUUUGACAAGUCUGUAGAGCCUAAUAGUUUCCAUCAAAGGCCUAGAUCUCUUAUUAGCAUUUUUUUCAGCUCUUCCCUCAGAAGUUCAGUUAUUGAAACAAAAACUACUUUGUACCCUCAAAUAGAAAGGGAUCAAAUUUGACCUGGUGUUAUUUUAGCCCCAAAUUUAUGACAUUACAAAGUUUUAAAAUGUAAAUGUUUCUUUAUCCAAACUACUACUAGAUACUCUAGUAUUUGCUUCUGGUGGAAUUAAAUGAUGGUAAAAUUGGCUAAUUAUUUGAAUGAAUGAAUGGAUGGAUGGAUAUUUUGCAUGCUCAAUUUCUAGGUCCUUUGUCUAGAAAGGUAAUUUGCCUCAGUUGAAUUAGUGAAAUAUUUCUGUCGUUGAUAUUGAAAGUGACUUCUGAGUACAGUUAAGUUCCUCUUAUUUGCCACUGGGCUGUUGGUUAGAAGCAUAGGUAACUGAUUAAGUAGGUAUGAUACUGCAUUUGAAAUAAGUGGACACAAACUAUCCUUUCUCCACCAUGGACUCAAUCUGAGAACAACAGCAUUCAUUUCCAUUCAUUUCCAUACUGGCUUUUGAUUAUAUGCAGAUUCCUAGUAGCAUGCCUUACCUACAGCACUAUGUGCAUUUGCUGUCACAAUAAAGUAUAUUUUGUCUUGCA